CCAACAACACCUUAUUAGAAUAGAACAUGUUUCAUAGUUGACAAUAGUGGUGGAGAAGAAGAUAGAGAGCAAUAACAUACAUAAUGUUGCUGCAGCAUUCCAUGUUCUGUGCUAUUCCUCCCUCUCACACUCUUUCUCUCUUCACCCCAUCACUGAAACAAAGGAACCCAUUUCUUCACCAUCUCUCUUUUCCUAGAAAGCCCAAAGCUUCCACCUUCAGAGUUUCUUCUCUUGGCCCUGGUUUCUUUGAUGACAUCGUUCAAAUUGCACAUAACAAGGUUCUGAUUGCAGCAGGUGUUUCUUUGGCGAUUGGUCAGCUUUCUAAGCCAUUCACUUCGGUUUUUCUGUAUGGCAAAGAGUUUGAUAUCAGGGUAAUUGUUCAAGCUGGAGGAUUCCCAUCGUCACACUCUUCUGCAACAGUGGCUUGUGCAACAUUAUUUGGCCUUGAGAGAGGCUUCUCCGAUCCUAUUUUUGGGCUUGCAGUUGUGUAUGCUGGUCUCAUUAUGUAUGAUGCUCAGGGUGUAAGAAGAGAAGUAGGGAUUCAUGCUAGAGUGUUGAACAAACUACUGCUCCAAAUGCAAGCCAACUCUUUACAUUCCAAAGAUGGAGAUAAUUUAAUGAACUCUCAACCAGGACUAUCAAAGCAACUAAAAGUAGAAGACUUUGAGAAGUCCCUUUUGUCCCAAGAAGCCACUUUGGAACCACAACAAGCAAAUGGUGGUUUAUUGGUCAAAUCAGGAAGCAAAAUAAGGCAAACAGAAGAAGAAAUCUCAAAAUUGGGUGUUGAUGGCAUACCCCCAUUAAAAGAAUCUAUUGGCCAUACAGAGAUUGAAGUCAUAGCUGGUGCCUUACUAGGCUUUUUGGUGGCUUUGGCUGUGUAUGAUAUCAUGUAAAAUUCUUUUUUGAUGAAAAAUUUCAUAGUAUAUCUUACUUCAGAUAGAUUAUUAUACUAAUGUGAAGAAACCAAGUUGGUAUCUACCAGGUUAGGUUAUCUUUCAGCAAAAUAUACCACAUUCAAAUAUGUCCAAAGAGAACAUGACAUUCAUAAAUAUAGAAUACCCUUCUAAAAGGGAUUGGUUUGUUUGGGAUGAA